AUGGGGGCCCCCAACACGCUUUUCAGGGGCCCCCAAAGGACCCUGGGGGCCCCCCUAUUCCGCCUUUUGCUAACCCUCAUCCUCUGCACUCUCCUCUUUCAAUGUCGCUGCACCCUCCCGCUUCAGCAACCACACACGGAGGCCCCCACUGGGGCCCCCACAGGGGCCCCCACAGGUAUGGGGGCCCCCACAGGGGCCCCCACCGAAGUACCCACAGGGGCCCCCACAGGGGCCCCCACAGAGGCCCCUAUAGGUGCAUUAGGGGGCCCUUUGCUUGCUAUUGUUGCUGCUAGCGAGCGGCUGCAGGAAUGGAAGGAGAGCAAUGAAAGAGGGGCCCCUGAGGGUACACCUGGGGACCCCUCAGAUGCAGAGGGGCCCCCGGGGGCCCCCCUACAUUCUUCUUUGUAUGUGGUUGAGGCGCUUGAGCAGCAGAUACCAGAUGAGCAGCAGCAGCAGCAGCAGCAGCAGCAGCAAAUGGCUGGAGGAGGAAUGAAAGGAGGCCCUCUGCUUGUUUUGGGGGGCGUUUUAGUUGGUGCUGCAGCAGCAGCAGCAGCUGCUGCUGCUGCUGCUGCGGCUGCUGCUGUUCUCGGUGUAUGCUGCAUCACAGCAGCAAAGCGGCGCAAGCGAAAGAGAGCAGCAGCAGCAGCAGCAGUUGCUGCAGCAACAGCAGCAGCAGCAACAGCAGCAGAAGCAGAAGAAGAGUUCUUUGAUCCUAACACAAUUCUCCUUGGAAGGUGGGGGUGGACUUCUGCUGCUGCAGCAAGACACAGCAGCAGCAGCAGCAGCAGCAGCAGGUUGAGUGUCUUAUCGGCUCGCGAAGCAGCUCUUACGGAGUGCACACCAGCAGCAACAUCAGCAACAGCAGCAGCAGCAAGAGCAGCAGCAGCAGCAGCAAAGGAGCUGCUACUAGAAGAGAGUAAUGCUUUUAUUAUAAAGACAGAGGGGCCUCACAGCAGCAAAACGGCGAGUGAAGAUUGUACAAAAACAGCAACAACUGAUGCACCCCCGAUGGGGGGUAUAACAGACUAG